AAUGUGCCUUGAGGUGUGGGGCUUUGGUGUGCCCGGCCCCCGGCUGCAGGUAGGUGGGGAGGUGCUUGAGGCGGAGCACAGCUCACCUGGGCGAGGUGCAGCAGCAGCUGGCAGUCAGAGGACGUUGUCAGCAUGGCAAACUUCAAGGGCCAUGCACUUCCAGGCAGUUUCUUCCUGGUCUUUGGGCUCUGGUGGUCUGUGAAAUACCCACUGAGGUACCUCAGCCAGAAAGCAAGCAAGAAGUCCCAAAAUAAUUACUGCUUCCAGCGCAUGGAUGCCAUUGAAGGAGGAGUUAAAAUCACCUUUGCUGUAAUAGGGAUGCUGGCAGAGCAGUUCGUCCCCGAUGGGCCCCAUUUGUACCUCUACAGCGGGGAGAAACGCGACUGGGUGAAGCUGAUGAACUGGCAGCACACCACCAUGUACCUCUUCUACGGCCUCUCCGGGGUGGUGGACAUCUUCACCUACGUCUGCACCGCGGUGCCGCGGGGGCUGGACCGCCUGAUGCUGUCGGUGGCCGUGUUUGUGGAAGGUUGUCUCUUUUAUUACCACGUCCUUCACCGCCCCAUGCUGGAUCAGCACAUCCACUCCCUGCUGCUCAUCGCCAUAUUUUCGGGGGCCUGCAGCACCAUGCUGGAGGUCUUCCUCAGGGACAACAUCGUGCUGGAGAUGUUCAGAGCCGGCAUCACCAUCGUCCAGGGAACGUGGUUCUGGCAGGUCGGGAUCGUGCUGUUCCAGCCAUGGGGAGGUCCCAUGUGGGAUGAGAACGACCACAGCAACAUCAUGUUCCUCACCAUGUGCUUCUUCUGGCACUGGGCAGCUGCAGUGGUCAUCCUGGCUGUGAACUACAGCAUUGCUUACAGCUGCAUGCAGCGGUGUGGGAGAGGCAGUGGAGAGCCCUACAUCAGCCUGGGGGUCCGGAAGCAGAAGGGUGAUAUGGGCUCCCAGGCUGCAUUCCUGAAUGGAUCGGAUGAAGAGUGAGGAGGAUGCAACCUCCUCCUGCAAACUGGAGAAGAAUCAGCUUUCCAGAAAGAAAAAAUACAAACAAAACCUAACAAAAUGUCUGGGGAGAUUGCAGAGGGGCUGCCCUUGUGCUGCUUGGAAUCCUAUUGUGUGCAUGGUGGUCUCUGCCCUCUGUUGUACCCAGAUUCACCAGCUCUGACACAAGCACUGAUUACAGUGAUUUUAGCAACAAAAUGAAGCACAGAAAUUGACUGUUAAGAUAGAUCCAUAGGGAUGGAUGGCAUCCUUUGGCCCUCCCAACUCUCCCACUGGCCCAACCUGCUAUGCUGCAAGGUAGGGAAACUCCAUGCUGGGGUCAGGCCCACCAACACCCCCACACCACAGCAUCAUCUUAAGGAAGGAGAUGGAAGGAGCAAUAUGAAAUUACAUCAGAUUUGCAACACCACAGCUUUAUCGUGCACAACAGGAAUUUUACUGCCAAAGCUGUGAACUAAAGACAUUUUAAAAACAGAUUUCUAUUCACUAAAAGUUCUUAAAGAGGGAAUAAAUAUGAAGCAAAAAUCCUUUCAGUCUGAUAAAUACAGGAGUGUGUAGCAGUGGCUCUCAGACUUACGGAGCCCCAUGAGAUGCAUUGCUGAGCACCAGGACCCACCAAACAGCCCUGAUUUCCAUAAGCAAAUCCCCCACUGCUGGGAAAGUGUGAUGAAAUGGGUGCACGUUGUGUCCCCAGCCCACCUGUGCUGGAUAAUUCCUGGCAAAAAGGUCACUUGCAGGUAAGAGGAAAGCAGAUGCUCAGCCUCCCUGGGUUUCCAGCCUUUGGAGCAGGUUUGUUUCUUGGUGCUCAUUUUCAGGAGGCUCAAAUGGGCUCAGUGCAAAGGGAAUUUAGCAGCACAGCAAUUCACCUCUGCAGAUCUGUCCAAUUAAUGCCAAGCAGUGAGGUGUCAUGAAUUGUACCUGGAGGGUACCAGCAGAUGCUCAUUCUGCUAUGGUUGGGGGCAGCUUUCCCCAAAGCACACAGUUCUCCUCUCUGCCGUGAUACAAGACCCAGGGACAGCAAGCAGGAGGAGUUCUUGGAGUCCUUUUCUGACAUUAACGAUUCUGUGAUUCUACGACAGCGCCGUGCAGCCAGCAGCUCCUCACGCACAGAGCGAACCUCGCUGCAGGGCGGCACACCGAGCACUCGGCGGCUCCAGGGGGGCAGAAAGCAAACCUAAGCGGGCAGCAAAAGCAGCUCGGUGCGAUGAAAACAGAAAAGCCGACGCCACUCCUUCCAGCCCACGGCCACACGAGGGCAGAGCUGCCAGGAGCUGCGGGCGGAGGCGCCUUGGGCUCCGUUCCGCCCCCCCCCCAGCGAGGGGA